AUGGCCAGUGGUGUUGAUUCUAAGAGAAGACUGGAGGAGUUUGAGGAUGAGAGAAAACAACUGCAGAAAAUGGCUGAUUUUGCAGUAACACUGGAACAGGUUAAAUUGAUUCUGCAUCAGCGAGAUCUGCAGUUUGAAUCUUUACAGCAAGAGCAUCUAGUGCUCAUGAAGCAGCUCACCUUAACCCAAGAAUCAUUGCACACCAAAGAGCAGUCCCUAAAUGACCUACAGACUCAAUAUGAUGAGCUGGUGGCCAGGUUAGAGGAAUUCCAGGGUGAUGUUAUUUCCAAGGAUGACACGAUCCAAUAUUUGCAGAAUGAGAAGAUUGUCCUAGAGGUAGCUCUGCAAGCAGCAAAAGCAAGCAAAGAAGAACUUGAUGAAGGAGCAAACUUCUUAGGUGAAAGUACUGAGGCAGCAUCAGAAAUCUUGGCACAAUUGAGCCAGGUGGAAAAUCUGCAACAGGAAAGUGCCAGCCUGAAGAAACAGACCCAAAAAGUAAAGGAGCAGUUCCUACAGCAAAAGGUAAUGGUGGAAGCUUAUCGAAGAGAUACAAGUUCACAGGACCAGCUGAUUAGUGAAUUGAAAUCUACAAAGAAGCGGCUGGAUUUGGAAGUGAAAGAAUUAAAACGGGAGCUACUGGAACUUCAAGGUGAAAAGCAGUCCAUUGAUGUUGAACGCUCAAGACUUCAGAAGGAAGUAUCCCAGGUUCACCAGCAGAUGGUGGAGUUAGAAAGCCACCUCCAGUCAGUGCAAAAGGAACGGGAUGACAUGGAGAUACAGCUACAGUCUUUGCAGAUUGAUAAAGAACAAAUGACAUCUCUUGCUGAGGUGAAUGAGGCAUUAAAACUACAGGUAGAACAAAUGCAAGAGGAAGCCAAAAAAGCCAUCACUGAACAGAAACAAAAAAUGAAGCGUCUGGGGUUAGAUCUGACCAGUGCACAGAAAGAAAUGAAGGCAAAACACAAAGCCUAUGAGAAUGCAGUUGGCAUUCUUAGCCGCCGGCUGCAGGAAGCCCUCAUUGCAAAGGAAUCUUUUGAACUGGAGCUGAGCAAACUAAAAGCACAAAUCGCUGAUGGAGGAAAUAACCAGGCUUCCCAUGAAAGGAUUCAAGCUUUGGAGAUAGAGCUGCAGGCUGUUAGCCACAGUAAGAUGAUGUUGGAGAAAGAGCUGCAAGAAGUAAUUUCACUCACCAGCCAGGAGCUUGAGGAGUAUAGGGAAAAGGUGAUUGAACUUGAGGAUGAGCUUCAGGAAUCUAGACGUUUCAGGAGGAAGAUGUCAGAGAUAAAACGUUUAGAAGAAAUAAACAAGAAGUUGGCUCUCGAACUGGAACAUGAACGGGGGAAGCUCACUGGUCUUGGUCAGUCUAACACUGCUUUGCGAGAGCACAGCAACAUCCCCGAAACAGUACUAGCAGAGAGAGAGGCAGACCUGGUGCAGCUGAAUUUCCGGGUUCAAGCAGUUCUAAAGCGUAAAGAGGAGGAGGAUCCGCAAAUGAGGCAACUUAUUCAAGCCUUACAGACUGCCUUAGAAAGAGAAAAGUCAAAAGUUAAUAACCUUGGGGAGCAGGUUGUGGCAGCCAGGGUGGGUGCAGCGCAUGACCGUCGUCAUUAUAGAGCUGCUGUUCUUGAGCUGAGUGAAAUUAAGAAAGAGCUACAACCCAAAGAACUGCUUGUCCAAGCCCUUCAGGCUGAAGCAGAUAAACUACAAAUAUUGGACAUCAAACACAAUACUGAGCAAAUUCUUAAAUACAGAAUGAAUAACUCUGCAUCCCGAAAGAACAUGAAGCAAUUGACGGACUCUGGUCUGGAUGAAGCCCUUUAUUGGUGGUUUAUACAGACGGGAGAGGAAGGUAUUCCUAUUAGUGGUCCUUUACUAUUUGAGAAGGCUAAGAGCUUUAAUCAAACUUUAGGAGAGGACGCAUGUUUCUCUGAUAGUCAGCGAUGGCUCAGUCAGUUUAAAAAGCCUAAUGACAUCUGACAACUGAUUAUCAGUUUUGCAUUUUUAUAAAAUUGUACUGUUUGUGAUGUCAUACGUAAACCAACUAUAUAGAGAUGGUGCCUUGUGUAACAUUAAACGGACUUUGUACAUGGUCCUUAUAAUGUUCAGGGUUAAAAAAUAAAGUGUGUAAAAAUGAUCAGUACAACUUGUU